GAAAAAUAAUAAAAACAAAUAUAUCUCUAUUAUUAAUUGUGAUUUUCGAAUUUUUAAUGUGAAAAUUUCAAAUAGUACUGAUUUAUAUUCGACAAUCAUUUGUGAUAAUGAUGGAAGAGAAUAAUCCAACACCCCAGGACCUUCAACGUAAAUUGUAUUUCCUGGUCGAACAGCUGCAGAAUAUGGCAAGUUCUCUUCCACCUAAAUACCAGAUGAGACUGCCCUACGAACUCCUCUCUGCUCUGGCGAAUUCCCUUUUGAAUGAUACGAUUUUCGAGAUUGUUAAGGGCCUCAUGGAGAUCCAACACGUCACCGAGAAACACCUCUUUCAGCAGCGACUGCAGCUUCUCAAUAAACAAAAAAUUGAAAUGCAGGAGACACUCGCCAAUUUCAUCACUGAGGAGGACAAACUCACUGCUCAAAUUGCUCUACAGGUGAAGCACAAGGCUGAGUUGAAGCAAAAUGAUAUGAAACUUGUGAUGCAAUUGGAUCAGAAAGUGGCUGAUCAGCAGAGUAUCCUGGAAAAAGCUGGAGUGCCUGGAUUUUAUGUCACUGAUAGUCCAAUGGAGAUUCAGGUCCAGAUGAGACUCUGUGAUUUCAUAAUUCGUCUCAGCAAAAUGGAUCCCAGCUAGCUUUCUCGAGAUUCUAGGGAUGAAAUCAUUGAAAAGUUGUAACUUCAUCGUUCCCCAUGAAGGGCCCACAGUAUUGUACCUCAUUUGAAAAUAUUAAUUCUAUUUUAAACUGUUUGUUAACCAACGAGGACCAUCGAUGAAUUAAUUUGCUAAGUCAUGAAAUUAUUCACGUUUUGACACUAAAAAAUA